AUGGGAAACAGCCCGUCUAAAUCCAACUAUGCCAUACCGAGUACGAAGACAGCCAGCGCUACCACACAGGGUCUAACGACCACCGGCGAUGACCUCAACAGCAACGAACCUAACGACCCCGAUGAUAGUAGGUCCCUACCUACUCAAGUUAUAAAGAUCCACAAAGUGGCUCCUGGCGAGCCCAAAAACAAUGUUAUCCCCUCUGCCGCGGCCAGCGGCCGCGGCGCGCGGCGCAAAAGCCCCGCCGCGUACGACCUAGAGAUCGACAUGUCGUUCGCGAAGGCUCUGAGUGCCACUACGAGCUCCCAGGGCUCCAGCUCCGGUUCGAGCUCGGGCUCAAGCUCAGGCUCGCACGACAGCAACAUGACUCCGCCCUCUUACUCGACGGACUCCUCAUUCCUCAACUACAGCUUCCCCGAUGAGCCCCAGACGCCCGGGAGUGCCAACGGCGCGCCCGUGGCCGCCUCGCUGCCUCCAAUCAAGGAGGAGAUGGCGGUGACUGCGUCGCUCGUACGCAGAAACCGCCUCCAGCAACGCGGGCACCCGCACAUCCCGCACGACCGCAACGCCGCGCCGCCCGUGAUCCUCAAACGCUACGCGCACGACCUGCAGUCCACGGAGCAUCUCGACAUCGACGAUGUGAUUGAGAAGUUACUCAAGAUCGGCGAAACAAGGUACUACCAGGCCAAGGAGUUUCCCUUUAGUUCCUGGAAGGUGCAGCUGAUCUGCGCCCGCGCCCGUGAGCUGUUUCUCGAACAGCCCUCGCUGCUGCGCCUUCAGGCUCCAAUCAAGAUUGUCGGUGACGUGCACGGCCAGUUCACUGACCUGAUGCGGAUUCUAAAGCUCUCCGGCGUGCCUCCCAAUACCAGCUAUCUUUUCCUGGGUGACUACGUUGACCGGGGCAAGCAGUCCCUGGAGACUAUGCUUCUGCUGCUAUGCUACAAGAUCAAGUUCCCCGACAGAUUCUUCAUGCUGCGCGGGAACCACGAAUCCGCGAACGUGACCAAGAUGUACGGUUUUUACGAUGAGUGCAAGCGCAGGCUAUCGACCAAGUGCUGGAAAAUGUUCGUGGACGUCUUCAACACCCUUCCGCUGGCCGCCGUCGUUCAGGACAAGAUUUUCUGUGUGCACGGCGGUAUUUCGCCCGACCUCAAGGACUUGGGCCAGAUUGAGCGUAUUGCGCGCCCCACUGACAUCCCCGAAGAGGGAUUGUUCACCGACCUGUUAUGGAGUGAUCCAGACCCCCAGGUUUCGGACUGGUCCGUCAAUGACCGCGGCGUUUCCGUCACUUUCGGAAAGCGGAACGUUCUUGAUUUCUGCUCCAGGUUCAACUUCGACCUGAUCAUCCGUGGCCACAUGGUUGUUGAAGACGGCUACGAGUUUUUUGCCCGCAAGAAAUUCGUCACUGUAUUCUCUGCGCCGAACUACUGCGGCGAGUUUCAGAACUGGGGAGCUGUCAUGAGCGUUACUACAGGUCUCAUGUGCAGCUUUGAACUUCUAAAGCCUCAUGGCGCCAAGGGCGGCGCCGCACACAAGCACAAGGGCUAA